AUGGGUUUGAAAAGAACAUCGUUAGUUUUAUACAUUCUGUUCAUCUUUCAUCUUCAUCACGCUUUUCCUUCUACUAACGCGCUGCCUUCUUCAGUUGAUACGAACCACACCCCUCUUCCUCUCAUCAAUGACUCAAAGCCAGAUGUCAUUAGUUUUCAAGGAAAUGCUCGGGAAUUAGCUGUUGUAAUCAAAAGAGGAGCUGGUGGUGGCGGAGGUAGAGGCACCGUAGGCGGUCGAAGCCGUUCAAGCGGCGUGGGACGUGUAGUUCCCAUUCAUUCUGCUGGCGCUGGUGCUGGUAGAUCACAUAGUUCAAGCGGCAGCUUGAAACUUGCGGUCGGUUGGUUGGGUCUAUCGUUUUUAGCCGGUUUAUUAUUGGUUUAG